UGUUUUAACUUUAGAGUGCCCACUGAUCUUAAAGUUCUGGCUCGCCACUGGCCAUGGAGUCUCCGUCCUGCUUUACUAGUUGACUAGUUGCAGUAAAAGUCUUGACGAGGAGAAAUGGAUCCGAAUAUGGAGACGCGGGUCAACGAGUCUCUGCAGCAGCUGCCGACGACCCAACAAGGGUCGACGGAGGCAGUGUCGCGACUCGACAUUGAAGCUCAGCGACUCGCAGACGAGUCAAGCCUCUACGAUUAUUUCGCUGCUACGGGAAUCCGAGUGGAUCGAGUCGAACCCGGACUCGUCGUCUCUUCUUUCAAGGUCCCUCCCCGCCUCACCGACAGAGCUGGAAAUUUUGCCAAUGGUGCAAUUGCAAACCUUGUUGAUAUAGUAGCUCACUCUCCAAUUUAUGUUGUGGGUCAACCUGCUAAUGUUUCAGUAGACAUUUCCAUCUCGUAUUUGUCAACUGCAAAGGUCCAUGAUGAGUUAGAGAUCACCUCAAAGAGGUUAGGACAAAGAGGACGUUAUACUGGAAUACUUGUGUGCCUGAGAAACAAAGUGACUGGGGAGAUCAUUGCUGAAGGUCGGCAUUCAAUGUUUCUUUCGAAAGUUGUUCCCAAACUCUGAGUCUCCUAGUCCUUUCCACAGACAGACGGUUGUAUAAACGAACUCUAUAUGAUGGAGGCUCUUGGGGUUGGAUCCCAUUAGGUUAGACGUGUGUAAUUAAUUAUCAUCUGCCUGUUACAUGAUGAGGAUCAAGCAUCUGACCUUGAUGUGUCAUUAAGUAGCAAGGACUGCUUAUAUUCCACAAAAAGAGCAAAGACAAUGUUGCUUUCGGCUUCAACGUAAUGCUGAGAGAGUUUGUUGUCUGCAGACUGUAGUUGGCCCUUUGUGGUAUCAACGUUUCUGUGAUGGAUUAGAUUUGAUGUUAAUUUUGAUUUGGAUUGUCAUGGACCAAAAUGAAUUAUUGAGGAGAUAAAAAAUGUCUCUACUCUUUUAAUA